GAGACAUGUUGUACUAAACGCUCAUGAAAACCUGACCAUAUGAUAUUUUUCAAGCGUCUAAUGAUAUCGAAGGGACAUAACUCUCUGUAAACUAGCUUGACGUGGAGACAACAAAAUUAUUAUGAGUGGUAAAGAUGGUUUAGAGUUCCAUGACAGUGGCGGAGAUGAUGUCCUGUUCGAUCAAGGUGCAGGACAUACACACACAUUUACAAAUUUCCCAGCAUCUGCAGUUGAUGAUGAUGAGGAGUCAGGGGAUAAAUCUCAGUUACUCAAGGAUGAUGGAGGUAAGAGAGCACCCUCAUUUUGGACGUUUGAAUAUUACCAACAGUUCUUCGAUGUUGAAACACAUCAGGUGCUUCAUCGUGUGGCGGGUUCAAUGAUGCCACUACCCAAGAGAAACUACUUGCAGCUAAACAUACGUCCAAAUCCAGAUCUCUAUGGCCCAUUUUGGAUCUGUACCACGCUAGUGUUCACCACAGCUAUAGCAGGAAAUCUCGCCAACUACCUGUCCUCAGCCGGGAAAGAUUAUCACUGGAGAUAUGAUUUCCAUAAAGUGACAUUUGCAGCCACUGCAAUAUUUAGUUACUGGUGGCUUAUACCGGCGAUGAUGUAUGCCUUUCUAUGGUGGAGGAAGUCGCAGGCUGGGUUUACGUUCCUGGAGAUACUGUGCGUGUAUGGUUAUUCUCUAGCAAUAUAUAUACCCAUCUCUGUAAGUAUAGUGAUACUCUGGGUUGUUAACAUAGCAUGGUUUAAGUGGGUUCUCGUCAUUGUUGGUGCUGUGUUGUCUGGUGGCGUCCUGGUAAUCACAUUCUGGCCAGCUGUCAAAGAUGAGACAAAAAAUGUGGCAGCCAUAUUCUUAGGCCUUAUUUUCCUCUUCCAUCUUGGACUGGCUGCUGGCUUUGUGUUGUAUUUCUUCCAUGUCCCGCCACCUGUGGCUGCUGUAACAACACCAACAACGGCUCAUCCUACACAACAUCCGCAAGCACUUAAAGAAAACUUGCAAGCUGGAGCUCCUGGUAUAAAUAGUCCAAAAACAAGUGCUUCCAGACUGAACAAUAUGGAAACUAGUGCUUCUAAAUUAGACAGUCUAAAAACUGGUGCUGAUGAUGCAAAUAAAUUGAAAAGUGUAAAUAAAAAUCCGGCUCCACCAAUUCAAGGAAAUCCGGCUCAGCCAAGUCAAGGAAAUGAUUCCAAAAUUCCUGGCAAUGCAAGUGGUGUUGGUGGAGGUACAGUUGGACAGGGUAAUGUGAUAGCUCCUCAACAAAAUAGUAACAUAGUCAAUGAAGAUAAAGUGAGAACAAAGUUAGAUACAGGGAAUGUUAGAACAAAUCUUAAAACAGGAAAUGAGAAAACAAAUCUUGGAGAAAGGAAAAUUAGAUCGAAAUUAGGGAGGACACUUCUGAAAGAGAGGCAGAUGGCUUAAUUAGGUGAUAUUAACAAUUUUUUGGACAAUGCAAAGACAGGCAUUGGUUAGAAAAUCCAAAUGUAUCUGAAGUUCUAAACAUUCCACUUGAUUUUUGGAGCUAAACUGGACAGAGUAAGUUAGUAUAGUCAGUUCUGGGUGAGAUGCACAUGAAAUCUGAUCACUAAGCUGUCAGUCAGGAACUUGGUGAAAUAAACAUUGUUUAUAUUAGGGAAAGGUAUCUUUGGGGAGGAGUUCAAAUUGAAUUUACCAAGUGUGGGUUUAUUUAGAACAAUUUUAUAGGUAGUACAAUAGCACACCUUUUGUUUCAUUAAAUACAUCAUUAAGUUCAUUAACCUUUACCGUGCUGGACACAUCGAUUCUGACUUUGCGGCCAGUGUAGAUCUCAGCCUGGACAUCCAUGCAGUCUGAUGAAGAUCUGCACUGUUCGCUAUUCAGAAUCUCUUUUGGUAAGCACCCCUUUUAACAGUUAAUGGUACUGUCUAAAUUGAAAGAUGGACAAGUUCAUUAUAGAAAUUUAGCAGGGUAAGGGUUAAAAAUCAAAGUUCUAAACUAGUUGUUGGCAUAAAAAAUUCUGCAUUUACAAAGAACUAGAUGUAAAAUAUAUAUCCAGCUUCAAGAAAUUAGAAGCAAGUUUGAAACUGGAUUUAGAUAUUUAUAAAGAAAACAGAAUAAUUCAGGGAUCAUCCUAGGUCAAAAUUUUAGGGAGAAGUGACUUCUCCCUCUGCAGAAUUUAGGGAGAAAUCGAGGAAUUUAAGGAGAAGAAUCGGCAUAGAAUUCAGUUUCCAGCCUAUAGUUAUAUAUUUCCACUUUGUGGGUCUUGCUAUAACUUAUAAAACAGUAAUUAUUUAAGGAAAUUGAUUAUUGCAUUAUUAGUUUCAUGAAUGUAUAAAUAAAGUAUUAACUUAGCUAUGAAAAAGUUGCCUUAAAAUUUUUAUCCGAAAUUUACACGUUCGAAGCUCGUAAGUUUAUCAGGUGCAUGAUCGAAACGCCGUGAAAAUUUUCAUUCAUGUUUCGAUUCUCGUGCUUUAAUAAUGCCCGAUUCUUGCAUCAAAUUUUUCAGAUUUAUACAUUUAAUUGAUAUAUUUAUUAAUCUUUUCGAAAAUAAUACCAAACUCGUAGAUAUUGGCGAUAUUUUUGCAAUAAUUUUGUACGGCAGUUCAGACGUCCACGAAAUCGUAUUUUUUUUUAUCCACAGUGCCCGGGCAAUUCAUUUAUAGAAAUUGGCCGUAUUUGAAAUAUUUUUUGAAGUAAGUUUUAAUAAAAUCAAUAAAUAAUAUACUGUUGAUGCAUAAGAUCAUGCACUCGCUAAGUUUAUCGGCUUUUUACACGCUGAUUGAAAAUUUUCAAAAUGGCUGCGGCUAACAACAUUAUUGAUUAACAUUGUGGGAUAUUAAUGAUACGAUUGGCUGAAGUUUGACAGGUGAGUAGGCGGGGUUGACUAUGGAUUUAUCGGUAAUUUAAUCUAGAAUAUGCAUCAAGUUUUACAACUUGAAGUAAACAGAUUACAACACUCAGAAAAACUCAGCGAUUCGGAUUUCGCCUGGAGGCAAUAAUUAGGCGAAGUGGCUGACUUUACAGUGACGAUAUCGCUCAAAUCGCCUUGUAGGAUGAUCCCUGUAAUUAUAGAAUGUUAAUUGUGGUCAUCAUUUAUAAAGCAUCAUGGAUGUUUUUCUCCAUGCAAAGAAAUGUUUUUGUAGAAAUUCUUAUGUCUGCAUAGCAGAGUCCACUUUUACAAAUGUCUAAUUCCAGUUUCCAUCUUGUUUUUACUUUCUCAAAGUUUGAAAUAUAAUUUUGUUAUUUGGUAAAAUAAUGAUUCUAUAUUAGAUACUGUCAGGUUUUGGAAUGAAAUAAAAAUGCUUUUGAAAUGUCUUUGCAGACAUAUUUGGUGUUCCAUAGUUUUCUAGAUUAGCCCCUAGACUAAUAACAAAGAUAUUUACAUGUACAGUAUAUACAUUUUCCUUCGGUUUUGUCCAGUGUCAUUUCAUAGAGACAAAAGCCAGUCUAUUCUAGAAGUUUUCAUAGAGGAAUGAUGUUAAAAUGACAUAGGAUAUAGACUGGCUCAGUUCACUGCAUUAAAUCAUAAAAAUGUAAAAAUGGUAUGUCAUAGGUGGUAUAAAAAGGUGUGAAAUGCCCUAAGAGAUGUAAUAUAUUUAAUGAAUAAGGUUGGCAUUGAUAUUUCUGUUUUACUCGUUUCAUGUUUUGAGUCUAUCUUUGCAUAAUUAAACAAUGUAAAUAUAUUUAUUGAGAGUUCUUUAAAAUCCUUGUAUUGUAAGCUUGAUGGGGCUUGCCUCCAGGUGAACAUAAAGACCAAGUUUUAUAUUUUUUUAACCAGUUUCAAUGCAUGUUAAAUAUUAAUAGUCAUUAAAGAAUAUUACUAAUGUUGAAAGUUUACAGGUAUGAUUAUAAUGUAUCAAAAACUUCUAAUAUUUUUCAUUGCAUUCCUAUUGUAGAGAGCCAUUUUCUGCAUCAGUUUUACACAGAAGUAAGGGUGCUUUAGUAAAUACAGUUGAGCCGUGCCAUGGGAAAACCAACAUAGUGGCUUUGCGACCAGCAUGGAUCCAGACCAGCCUGCGCAUCCAUGCAGUCUGGUCAGGAUCCAUGCUGUUCGCUUUUAUAGCUUACUGCAAUUAGAGAAACUUUUAGUGAACAGCAUGGAUCCUGACCAGACUGCGCGGAUGCGCAGGCUGGUCUGGAUCCAUGCUGGUCACAAAGCCACUAUGUUGGUUUUCUCAUGGCACGGCUCAGUUGUACUUUGUUUGCAAUUGUCAGGUCCCUGCAUAAUAAUAUAAUGUAUAUUGUUAGAUGGCUGAAACUUUCAGUUUGAAUAAAUUUUGCCAGUCCUGUCGAGAUCGAGGUCAGAAGUUAAACUGUACAUAAAUACUCUGCUGCUUUACUAUUGUUUACUUGCAAUCACCAACCAUUGAAAGCAUGUCUGAAGUUUCAAGAAAUUUGAUGUAAAACUGGAGGCAAGUUUCUUUAAUAUUUAUUCUGUGAUAUUUUGCUCAUUUUUUGCAUGUCCUGUUUUAUGUUUUCUGUUCCGUUAUCUACAUAUUCUACAUACUGUGAUCUUGUAAUAGUUUGGCUGAAAAUUGUCAUCAAUUUUGAUAUACAAAUCGAGUGAAGUCAGUAGGUAAUUAAUAACUGUCUCAUCAAAUGUACAACAUGACUUAAAUAAUCUAAACAACAUUGUAUAUGCAACUACUAAAACACCUUUGCCCUUACGAAUAAAGUAUAACAGAAGAUUCUUAAACUAUAUCAGUUGGGAAAAUACUACUUAACAGAUGAAGAGAAAAACAAUGAUUUUCCUUUGUAGGGAUAACAGAUGUUUUUUUUAUGUUAUAACAUCUGCAGAAUCCCAAGGUAUUGGCUGGUACCUGAUCUAGGGAACCAACAUGGCCUAAGGGAUUCAGCUGAUGUUGUAAUAUGAAACAAACAUAGGUAAAUGCUGAUCUAGCAUAAAAUGUGUAAAUAGCUGAAAAAUGAAUGUAUUGUCCGUCAACUUAAUUAAAUGUUUAUGAAAUGCGUGGGAAUUUUAGCAAUGUUUGAUCACAUUGAGGUCAUUUCCUUCUAAAUUUUCGAUUAUAGGGCUGUAAUAUGUUAAGGCUUGGUCAUAGAAUGUAAAUUUGUAAAAAGGUGUGUUAACAACAAAUGAGCGCGAGAAUAUCUCUGUUAACACACAUUUACUCGCCUGUUACUUUUUUGUAGGUUAGAUUAUGUUGUUAAAUUUUGAAUAUUAUUGAAGAACUUCAGUAUAAGGAUGAUUAAAUUCAGUCAAAACAAAUGCUGUACAAAAGUUAUUUCUUAUUUUUCAAAUUUUUUGUUUUUGUUAUAAAAUUAGUGUGUAACUUUGGUUGAAAUUAUUGUGUUACCUGGGUUUAGAUAAAUCAGUGUGUUACAAAUUGAUUUCAUUAUUAUGUCUCCCACCACACAGUGGUGUGGGAGACAUAUUGAUUUACUCCAGUCUGUGUGUGUGUCUGUCUGUGUGUCUGUCACAAAGCUUGUCCACACUUAAGUCAAACAUUUCUCAUCCAAUUUUCACCAAACUUAAACAAAAUGUGUUUGACCAUAAGACCUAGGCCAAGUUCGGUAACAAGCCAAAUCGGUCCAGGCGUAUUGGAGUUAUGGCCCUUGAAUUACCUAAAAUCGGCCUUUUUAGCUCGACUUUUCGAAGAAAAAGUAGAGCUAUUGUACUCGCCCCUGCGUCGGCGUCGCCAUUGGUUAAAGUUUUUGAUCAAGUAAAAUAUCUCUGUUACGGUCAAAGCUAUUGACUUGAAGCUUAAAAUAGUUAUUUACUAUCAAAGUCUACACCAGGAGACACAAUUCACAUAACUCUGAUUUGAAUUUUGACAGAAUUAUGCCCCUUUUUAACUUAGAAUUUUUGGUUAAAUAUUUUGAUAAAGUCAAAUAUCUCUGUUGCUAUUAAAGCUUUUGACUUGAAACUCAAAAUACUUAUUUACUAUCAAAGUCUACACCAGGAGACACAGUUCCCAUAACAGUGAUUUGAAUUUUGACAGAGUUAUGUCCCUUUUUAGCUUGGAUUUUUUUUUUACUGGCAAAGCUCUAAUUCAGUGUCAAGCACUGAGAAAAGUCGAGCGUGCUGUCUUACGGACAGCUCUUGUUACUAUUGUCCGCACUCUAAGUCCAACAUUUCUCAUCCGAUCUUCACCAAACUUGAACAAAAUGUGUUUGACCAUGAGACCUCGGCCAAAUUCGAUAACUAGCCAAAUCUAUUCAGGCAUUUUGGAGUUACGGCCCUUGAAUUACCGAAAAAUCAGCCUUUUUACUCUUGUCCGCUCUCUAAGUCGAACAUUUCUCAUCCGAUCUUCACCAAACUUGAACAAAAUGUGUUUGACCAUAAGACCUCAGCUAAGUUCGAUAACUAGCCAGAUCCGCCCAGGCACUUUUGAAUUAUGGCCCUUGAAUUACUGAUUGGAUCCACUCGUCCAGACCAUCUAAUUGGAUGUACUCACCUAAACCAUCUGGAGAAUCUAGACAUUUUUCAUAGAGGCAGUUGUGGGAGACAUGCGCUUUUCUCAAAAGCAUCUCUAGUUAGAAUCAUUGUUCUAUAAUGGUUCAUGUAUUUACAUCAUGGACACAUUGUAUGUAAUUUUUGCAUUUAUUGUUUACUUUAGAUGUGUACUUUAUUGUGUAAAAUAAAAAUAUGUUAACAAGUUAUAUUGUUGCUAGACACAAUAAGCAAGUAAAAUUCAUCUGCUUUUUGUGGGCUUUUUAUGUUCUUUAUUAUAGGAAAUUAUAGGAAUUGUACUUUGAUCCCAAGUAAGGCUAAAUAUAUAUAUAGUUAAAGCUGGUAUUGUUUACAAAAUAUAGGUUCAGAAUUACUGAUAAAAGAAGAAAAAAAAGACAUCAAUAAAAACUACGUCAUUUUCUUCCUAACUUUAUUAACAAUUUGUAAUGUGGAUUGGCCCAAAAGGGAGAUUAUAAUGAAUAUCUUAAAGAGAAUUACAAAUUAAGAGUUGUGUGGUUUCCAUUGCAACAUAACUUUUCUAAAUUCUACUAACAUUACAGCCAGAUAAAAGGCUAUUUUCAGAGAUGACAUGCCAUGUUGUCUUUCUGAAUAAAGGUCUGCUUUAAGGUAACAAAAAAAAAAUCGAAUUUUUUUUUCAAAUUUUUAUCCAAAUUAUGACUUAGCUUUUCUGUUCCCUGUUUUAACUCUUUAUCAUGCUGGACAUAAUUGAUUCUGCCUUUGCGACAUAAUCUGCACUGUUCGCCAUUCAGUCAGUAUCUUUUUGGUAUGCACCCUCUUUUAACAGUGAAUGGUACUGUCCAGUUUGAAAGAUGGACAAGUUCAUUGUAGAAAUUAAGCAGGGUAAGGGUAAAUCUUUUUGAAAUUAAUUGUAGGAAAUACAUAAAACACUUCCUAAACCUAACUGUUUGUUUUCCAUUUAUUUUGUACCUUCAGAUUAUUGAAUUAUUAUGGGGUCUAUAUUAAGGUUUAUUUACUUACAUGUAAUUUUUGAACUUUGAAAGAAUUUAUUUAUAGCAUUUCAUGUAUAUUUCUGGUUUUGAAAUUUGUAUUAUUUUGUGAAGUCUGAUUAUGAAUAAAAAUGUGGGAUAUAAAUUGACAGAAGUUUUUUGGUUAAUUGUCUCUCAGUUUUGUUAAUUGUCUCUCAGUUGUAACAUGCAUCAGUUGUAUUUGGGAGCCGGUAAAUUCACCAAAGACAAACUAUAUUUUGCAAAAGGAUGGUAAUUUAAUCACAAAAUUAAUUUAGAGAUAGGCUAUUGCAGUAUCAUGUUUGUUAUAUAAUAUUAAACCCUUCCCCCUUGACUGUAGAUGAUUCCCUUUCCCCUUUUCUCAAUUGGAGGGGAUCCGUCUCAGCUGGAUAGAUUGUGCAGAAACUGAGGGGAAACUAAAACAUGUGAAGUCUU